UUGUUAAAGAAAAAAAAAAAAGUCAAGUGUGUUUCGAUAAUGUAUUUAUUAUCUAAAUAUUUGACUUUCAUAAUGUAGAAUUAAAAUAAAAAUCCAGUGAAUAAAUUACUAAUCAAUACUGAUUGCGCAAUAAUAAAAACAAUAAAUUCACUUGCUGGGAACAAAAAUACUUUCAUUUUUAUUCAAAACAAUUCAGCCACUGUCUGUACAUAAAUAUACAUAAAAAAAUAUCCACACAAUAAUCAUUGUGUUCGAUAUGACAAAUAAUUAUAAAUAAAUUAAUAUUAGUUGGCUACUAACCCAAAGAUCAACAAUGGAUAAUAUCGCAGGAAUUUUGCGAGCUAUGUACUGUGGGUUCAUAGACAGUCUUAAGGGAGCGACUGUACUUUUUUAUAUGGACAAACAGAUCAAUGAGAGAAUACUUAAAAAUUCUCCUGCUAAAGUUCCAUUGAAAAAAGAUAGCGGGUUAAAUAAUUCUCCUGCUAAAUUAAAAGAGCAAAAAGAAUCGAAAAUCCUGAAGAGGACAAUUCAGUGCUGUAUGUUAAAUGGAGGUGUAUUUUGGGCGAGUAUAUUUAUAUUUGAAUGUGGACUUUUACCAUUUUUGAAAUAUUUACUGACGAUAAUAUUCGGACACUCUCCGGGAAUGGGAAUGUUUGUCUGGUCGUGGAUGAAACCAUUUUUGUCAUUAACUUUUGGCACUGUUUGGGUGCUACCAUUAUUUUUAUUAAGUAGGAUUGUCAACAGUCUUUGGUUUCAGGACAUUGCUGAAAGUGCGUACAGACACAGACAAGGUAGACCAUUAUUAUUAUCAAGCGUAAGUAAAUUGGUAGCUGAUACAUUAUUCAGCAUCCUGGUGCAGGCACUGUUUUUGGGACAAGGUAUGUUAGUGUCCCAGGUUCCUCUACCAGCAAUUGGAGAGUUACUAGAGCUGAUACACAUGUGCCUUCUGUAUGCUCUUUAUGCCUUUGAAUACAAGUGGUUCAAUAUGGGAUGGGAAUUGCACCGAAGGCUGACUUUUAUUGAAGCCAAUUGGCCGUAUUUUGUCGGGUUUGGAUUUCCAUUGGCUGUUUUAACUCAGUUACCUAAUUCUCAUGUUAUAAGUGGUUGUGUAUUUUCUAUUUUAUUCCCAUUAUUUAUUGUAAGCGGUAAUGAAGCUCAACCUGUUACUGGUGUUUGUGACUGUCCAUUAAAAUUAUUUUCACCAGUAAUUGCAAUAGCCAAUACACUAUUUAACAAAACCAUCGGACCCGCGAACCGCCGAUGACGUUUACUCAUAAAUCAGUAAAUAAAUAAUUAAAUAAAUUAACCGAUGUAAAUACAAUAGCUCACGGAUUGUUUCAUUGUCUUCCGAUUGUUCGAUUA